AUGCUCUUCAAUAAAAGCCUGGUAUCCACGGACAGGGAUCUUGUUUCACAGUCUAUUGGUCUCUUCUUGAUGCUGCUGGUUGACUUAGUUGGGAUCAUUGGAAAUGCUGCCGUGAUGCUUGUAAUUAUCAGGACUCCAUUAUUCAAAAAAUUUGUCUUUGUUUUCCACCUGUGUUUAGUGGACCUGACAGCUGUCUUAAUCCUAAUGCCUUUAGGGAUGGUGUCCAGCUCCGCUCUUUUUGAUAACAUAGAGUUCAGUGACACCUUGUGUCGGAUAUACCUCUUCCUAAGCAUGUUAUUCAUUAGUGCAUCAAUAUUAUCUAUCCUGGUCAUUAAUGUCGAGCGAUACUACUAUAUAGUACAUCCGAUGAGAUAUGAGGUAAGGAUGACUCUGAAGCUGGUCAUGUCUGUCAUUAUCUGCGUGUGGAUUAAAGCCAUCUUAAUGUCAAUAGUCUCAGUUUUGGGUUGGAGUUCCCAAGCUCGCAUGAACAAUCAGUGCUCCUUGCAAUGGGAUGGAGAGAUGUACAGAAAGGUUUUCAUAACUUUCUUUGGCCUAUUUUACUUUUUGUUCCCAGUUUUAAUUAUCCUGAUAGUUUACUGCAACAUGUUCAAGGUGGCCAGGGUGGCAGCAAUGCAACAUGGACCCUUGCCCACAUGGAUGGACACACCCCGGCAGAGGUCAGAAUCACUCAGCAGUAGGUCCACCAUGGUCACCAGCUCUGGAGCACCAAGAGUAUCCCCACAAAGGACAUUCGGAGGGGGGAAAGCAGCUAUCAUCCUCAUUCUGGUUGGGGGCCAGUUUGUGUUUUGCUGGCUGCCAUUUUUUGCUUUUCACCUGCAUUCUGCUAUGACCCCAAAUUCAACCCCCUCGAGCCUCUGGGAAACAAUUGUUACUUGGAUUGGAUACGCCUCUUUUAGCAUUAACCCCUUCUUUUACGGAUGCUUCAAUCGACAGAUUAGAGGGGAGCUAAGCAAACACCUCACCUGUCUCUUCAAACAGACCCUGGAAGAGGAUCUUCGGCUACCCAGCCGAGAAGGGUCCAUUGAGGAGAACUUCAUGCAGUUUUUGCAGAGGACAGGUUGCAAUGCAGAAACCAGGUCAAGCUAUGAUGCUUCCAGUCCAAAGUUAGACCAGUCAGGACUGGGUUUCAGGAUACCUGGUCAGAUUGCAGAAGAAACAUCAGAAUUCCUUGAACAACACAUAGCCACUGACUUUACAAUGUCCAACAGCUGUAUUAGAAUGAGUAGGUCACCAAAACAUGAUGCUUAA